AUGGCCGGGCUUACCGCACUGCCCAAGGGCUCUCUCAUCCUCGUCACUGGAGCCAAUGGUUACAUUGGAUCUCACCUUGCCAACGUCCUACUUGGGCUUGGCUACCGGGUGCGCGGUACAGUUCGAUCCGAGAAGCCGUGGCUCAGCGAAUUCUUCCACAGCAAGUAUGGCAAAGAUGCCUUUGAGCUAGUUCUAGUUCCCAGCCUCGAGGACGAGGAGGCUCUUGGUCAGGCUAUGACUGGUGUUUCUGGUGUUGCUCAUGUGGCAUCGGAUAUCUCAAUGAGUGACGAUCCUAAAGCUGUCAUUCCUUGGGUUGUGAAGGCGACUGAGAUUGCCCUUUCGGCCGCGGCAAAGCACCCAAGUAUCAAGCGUGUCGUUCUCACAUCUUCUGCUUUUGCCGCCAUCAUUCCCCAAGCCAACAAGGAGGGCGUGUACAUUGACGAAGGAACCUGGAACGACGCUGCCAUCAAGGCAGCUUGGGAUCCUAACACGCCCAAGGAAAUAAAGCCCGCUGUGAUUUAUUCCGCCUCCAAGGCCGAGGGCGAGAGGGCUGCGUGGAAUUGGAUUGAGAAGAACAAGCCAGGAUACGCCUUCAACACCGUGCUUCCCAACUUCAACACUGGAGAGAUUCUUCAUCCCCAAAUCGGAGGUUCGACCAUGGUAUUCGCCCGGGGUUUGUUGAAGGGACAAAGCGGCACGCUUUUUGGCUUUAUGCCCCAGUGGUACGUUGAUGUAGUUGACGUCGCGCGUCUUCACGCCAUCGCUCUGCUCGCCGAACCCGUCAAGUCUCAGAGAAUCUGGGCCUCCGCACAUCCCGUCAACGCAUCCGACUUCAUAGACGUCGUGCGCGAGCUCAGACCGGAUAACAAGCUAAUUCCGGAGAAGCCUGUGGAUGAGGGACGCGAUCUCAGUGAGCUUCCUCCGGCUGCCAAGGCUGAGAAGCUGCUGCAGGAGUACUUUGGACAGGACGGCUGGACUCCGCUGAAGGAGAGUGUGGCUGCGGGUAUUCGUGACUUGUAG